AUGAGCUGCAGUGUGACAUCUUGUAAUAUCAGCGAUGAUCGUUUCUUGUGGCAGUGUGAAUUCUGCAGAAAAUGUUAUCAUGCAGCUUGUGUAGGAGUCCAGCGAAAUCAAGAAGAAUUUAUCUCGCACUUCAUGAUUCCCCUGUGUGCAGAUUGCCAGCAUAAUCUAAAGGUAGGCAUAGACACACGAAAAGUGCUGUACCAACAGGAAAAAUUAUUUGAAUCUAUAACUACGCAAACGGACUGCAACUUACAAAUAGCAGCCGACAUAAAAAAGUUCAAUUCAAUUGUUGACUUAUUCGAAAAUGUUGAGCUGCAGCUUAAAGAAUCAGUGGCGAAUGUGAACAUAAACACAUCGUCGCAAGUGGCAAAUGCUGUAUCGGCACUAUCGCAGGCCAUUGACAGUAAUUCUUUUAAUAAGGCCGAUGAGCUGGUCACGCUGAAAAACCAUAUCACAUCACUAUUCAACAUAUCUAUGGGAUCCACAAAAAAACACAUUGAAGAGUAUGUAAAUGAUCUCACUGCCGAUUUGACCAGAGAAUUGAAAAAAAUCUGCAGUGAAGUUCAGAACUUGAGCACCCUUACCAUAGAUAUGGCAGCUCAUUGUAAUGAACACUACCUGAGUGAAUCGCGUCCUACACGUGAAGUUUUAGACGAAGUGAAAAUUAUAACAAAUUCAGUUGGCAGUGACAUUCUCAAAGAAGUACAAUCUCUUGCCGGCUCAAUUAACACUUUGGAUAGCAGUAUACGCGAUGCUUGUUUGCCACCAGCGGGCCCCAGCUUGAUGGACGAAUUAAAUGCCCAAUCAACAAAAUCGGGUGACUCAGGUCACCGUUCCACUGCCGAAGCCACUGAAGGGUGGCGCUUUUUGGGUUCGAAGAAAGUGUGGCGCUCUGACUGGACGGAGUACGACACACGUAAUCAGCGUAGAAUUCAACAGCAAAAGAUGAAAGAUAGGGCGAUGACACGAAGAAAAGCUAAUAAAAAGCAGUUGCAUCGGAUAUCCAGAAGCAGUUAUUAUAACUAUAACCUCAAUGACAACAACAAUAGCAACAACAAUAGCAACAAUAAUCGUAACAACAAUCGCAACAACAAUAGCAGCAAUAAUCGCAACAACAACAACAAUACGCAAUGCGGUCGUCCAACAGCUGGCAACUCUCUUCCCCGGGAUAAGGAUCUACUUGCGGCGGCAAGGGUGCAAUUCUCUAGGCCUCCGUUUGAAAAUCAGCGUGGUAUCAGGUUUCAACGUGGUGAAACACUGAAUCCAUACCCGGUUGUACAUCAAUUUAACUCAACUUUCGCACCAGAUAGAAUCGUCGAAAGGCUCACGUGGGACACCGUGUCGCUGAUUGGGCUAGAGGGCUGGACCGGACCAUUUCCGGCCAUCCACGAUUGCGACGAGACCGAUGCCAUCGACUGA